GAGGUGUCGCUGCAGUAUCUCUCUUCUCUGGCAACCCGCUUGCUUUCACUUUGCGUUUUUUAUUAUUUCCUCGCUUUUUUACCGCGUUUCCGUGAAAAAUACUGGCAGGAAAGAUGUCUUUUGGCGACGUGAAUACACCCAAGGGCCUUGGUGAGCUCAACAAACACCUGGCAGCGAACAGCUACGUGGUUGGGUACACUCCAUCCAAGGCGGAUUUGUCGGUAUUUGAGGCCCUCGGGAGCAAUCCCGGCGAGAAGUUCGUGCACGUCCAGCGCUGGUACCGUCACAUUGCCUCUUACACGCCGGCGGAGCGCAGCAAGUGGGGCGGUCAGGCUGUUCCUCAGGUGUCCGGAGGGCAGCCCACUGUGGCAAGCAAGGCGGCGGACGAUGACGAUGAUGUGGACCUGUUCGGAUCGGACGAGGAGGAUGAUGCCGAGGCGGAGCGCCUUAGGGAGGAGCGCGUGAAGGCGUAUUCGGAGAAGAAAUCAAAGAAGCCAGCCUUGAUCGCCAAGAGCUCAAUUCUGCUGGAUGUGAAGCCGUGGGACGAUGAGACUGACAUGGCGAAGAUGGAGGAACUGGUGCGCACCAUCGUGAUGGACGGCCUCGUGUGGGGCGCCUCGAAGCUCGUGCCCCUCGCGUACGGCAUCCGUAAGCUGCAGAUCAUGUGCGUGAUCGAGGAUGAGAAGAUUUCCGUGGAUCUUCUGCAAGAGAAGAUCCAGGAGUUUGAGGACUUUGUCCAGUCCGUCGACAUUGCCGCCUUUAACAAGAUCUAGGAAUGAUGAGAUGCUCAUUAAAGAUGCUCUUGCUGCACAGAAAUUUAA